AGCCUCAAAAGCUGCCGGAACCAAGGUGCGGCGGGAGUUGAGCGAGGCUCGGUCGCAUAACGUUACUGGACCCGCUCGAAGCCGUUCCGUCAUUGUCAGCUGCCCUGGGAUUGCAGCUGCUUGGGUUGAUCUGCAGCUUGCACAGUAACAGGCCGCAGCAGCAAAGGAUGAACGGAGCUCUGGGAAAGGUGCUGUGUUUGAAGAACGAUAUCAUUUUAAAGAAAGCCUUUCCCCUCUUAAGGUUGAAAACUUCAGGAGAGAAUCCCAUUUGUUCUGCAGGUGGCAUUCUGCUGAGUACCAGUCGGCACUACAAGACAAAGCCCACCCAUGGCAUUGGAAGAUACAAGCACUUAAUUCAGGCACAAGAGCCCAAGAAGAAGAGGGGAAAAGUGGAAGUGAGACCCAUUAAUUUGGGGACAGAUUAUGAAUAUGGGGUUUUGAACAUUCACAUGACUGCAUACGACAUGGCACUGGCAGAGAGUUAUGCCCAAUAUGUUCACAACCUCUGCAACCAUCUCUCCAUUAAAGUGGAGGAAAGUUACGCGAUGCCCACCAAAACCAUGGAGGUAUUGCAGCUGCAGGACCAAGGCAGCAAAAUGUUUGUGGAUGCAGUUCUUACCACCCAUGAGCGAGUGGUUCAGAUAAGCGGUUUGAGUGCUACAUUUGCAGAGAUUUUCUUGGAAAUAAUCCGAAGCAAUCUUCCUGAGGGAGUCAAAUUGACAGUGAAGGAGCACACUGAAGAAGACUUUAAGGGAAGGUUCAAAGCUCGGCCAGAACUGGAAGAACUGUUAGCCAAGUUGAACUAGCUCAUUGCAGACUCUUUCAUGCCAGCACUGGUGAUACUGAGUGCUAAGGGGAAGAGCUUUCUGGGUGGUCAAAGUUAAGCAGGAGACCCUGAUCCUUAGAUAUAAGUAUCCAUCCCUACAGCCAGGAAUGCCUCCUCUCCUCUGUGGAAGAGUGCUUGCCAAUUGCCACCACUUUCCUCUGAGCCAACCCUACUAUUCUCCAUCUAAUAAAAAUCGAGUGAUGAUGGGU